AUGGAGGCCACGGGGCCGGAGGGCCUGGACAGCCGAGGCUCCCCCUGGCCAGGCACAACGGGCGCCGGCCUCUCUUGGGACAACAGCACCAGACACAGCAUCACAUCCCCUGAGCCGCUGCCGGCUCCCCAUGCGUUCCCGCCAGUGGUGUCCGCUGCCAUCCGCGCCAUGGGGCUAACGGGCAACGCGGCCGUCACCUGUGUGAUCCUGAGAGCGCCCGAGAUGAAGACGGGGACCGCGUUCAUCCUGAACCUGGCCGUCACCGACGCCUUCACACCGGUGCUGCCCACCAACAUCGCUGAGCACGUGCUGCAGCGCCAGCCCUUUGGGGAGCUGCUCUGCAAGCUGGUGCUGGCCAUAGACCGCUGCAACAGCUUCUCCAGCGUCUACUUCCUGGCCGCCGUGAGCAUGGACCGCUACCUGGUGGUGCUGGCCACGGCACACCGUCCGCGGGGCUACUAAGAUCGCCAGCCUGUGCAUCUGGCUGGUGUCACCGUCGCAAUGCUGCACUUCUUCACCUUCGCCGGAGUCUACAGCAACGAGCUGCCGGUCACAAGCUGCGGGCUGAGCUUCCCAUGGCCUGAGUGGGCCUGGUUCCAGGCGAGCCGCAUCUACACGCUGGUGCUGGGCUUCGCGGUGCCCACGUGCACCCGCUAUGUUCUCUGCGCGGACCUGCUGCGGAGGCUGCCGGCCCUGCGGCUCCACUCCGGAGCCGAGGCUCUGGGCAAGGCCAAGCGGAAGGCGAGUCUCCAGGUCCUGGCUGUGCUGGCCGUGGGCCUGCUCUGCUGGACGGCCUUCCACCUGGCCCCCGUCGUGGCCCUGACCACAGACCUGCCCUGACGCCCCUGGCCAUUCAUCCUCUCCUGUGUCGUCACCAGCCUCAGCUACACCGGCUCCCGCCUCAGCCCCUUCCCCUAGGCCUUCCUGGACCACAGCUUCUGGAAGAGCCUCUGCACCACGUUCCAGUGCCCGGGGGCAUGA